AUGGUGGUGAUUGUGGUGGGGGUUGUGGCGGUGGCGGUGGUGGUGGUGGUGUCGGUAGUGGCAGCGGCGGCGGCAGCGGUGGUGAUGGUUAUGGUGGUGGUGGUGGUGUGUGGUGGUGGUGGUGGUAGUGGCAGUGGCGGAGAUAGCGUUAGUGGUGGUGGUUGUGGGGGUUGUGGUGGCAGCGACGACAACGGUAGUGGUGGUUGUGGCAGUGGGAGUGGCGGUGGAGGCGGCGACGGUGGAGGCGACAAUGGUGGUGCUGGUGGUGACAUCGAUUGUGGCACUGACGAUGGGGGUGGUUCUGGUGGUAGUGGUAGUGGCGGUGGCGGCGAUAGUGGUCACAGUGGCGGUGGAGGCGGUGGCGGCGACAGUGGUGGUAGGGGUGGUUGUUGUGGGGGUGGUGAUGGUAGUGGUGGUGGUGGGGGGGUUGCGACAGUGGUGGUGGUGGUGUUUUUGUUGGUGGUGGUGGUUGUGUUGGUGGAAGUGGUAGUUGUGGUGGUGGUGGCAGUGGGGGUGACGACGGUGGUGGUGGUGGUGGUAGUGGCAGUGGUAGUGGCGGAGUCGUCGGUGGCGGUGAUGGUGUAG